AUGACAUUUUACAAACCUCUCAAAAACAACAGUUUUGCUAGAAACAACAAUGAUCCUCUCUUUCCAUCUCGCUUUGCUCUCCUCACCAUGACGCCGCCGCUUGUCGCCUGCGUCCGCGUCCUUCUCGUCGCCGCGGCCGUGGCGGCGUCACCGGCGGGCGCCGUCCGCGUCCCGCGCAGCUCGACGCCGAUCGUGCCCGGCGGCGACAUCGCGAAGGCGCUGUGCGCGAAGACGGACUACCCGGCGCUGUGCCGGGCGACGGUGGCGCCGCCGCCGGGGUCCGCGCAGAAGCCGCCGCUGGACGCCGCCGGGGCGCUGCGGCUGGCGAUGGGCGCGACGCGCGGCAAGGCGGCGGACGCCAGGAAGUCGGCGGCGGAGCGCCUCGGCGACCCCGAGACGCCGCCGCUGGCGCGAGGCCCGCUCGGCGACUGCGUGGAUUCGUACGAGGACAUCGCCUACAGCCUCGACCAGGCCGAGAAGGCCAUGGCCGCCGGCGACAGGGGCACCACGGGCACCAUGCUCGACGCCGUCCGCACCGACGUCGACACCUGCGACCAGGGCUUCGAGGACCGGGAAGAGCUCGAGCCGCUCAAGCCCAAGCAAGACGAAGAGCUCGCCAAGCUCGCCAGCAUCUGCAUCGACAUCGCCGCCGCCGCCGGCCUCCGCCACUAGACGGUCGUCACGUCACGGUCGGCGAUGUGAUCAUCCUGCACUAGCAAGAAACCCUAGA